AAGAAUAACAUAAUAUUUGUCAUAAACCUUAAGUUAGAGAGUUGGUUUGUGUUAAGACAACAAACUCUAAGCCUAUAUAAAGACUUCUUGAAACUCAUUAGACGUACGGAUAAUCAUAAAGAGCUUAAGGAUUGGAUUAGAGAUGAAUUUCGCCAAAAUAUACAUCACAAACAACAGGUGUGUGCGCGGAAAUAAUUAAAAUGCAUUUAACGAGAGGCCGGACGGCGUUCAAGCAAUUGGAGACAAGCAUUAGUUUAUCGCAUAAUUAAUGGC